CUUCAUCAUCUGAAAUCGCGCAGUUCUUACUAUUGAAGAGAGAGAAACAACAAUGGCAGGAGAAGAUUCUGAAGAAUUUUACCUUCGUUACUACGUUGGACACAAAGGAAAGUUCGGUCACGAGUUUUUGGAAUUCGAAUUCAGACCCGAUGGUAAGCUCCGUUAUGCAAACAACUCCAACUACAAGAACGACACCAUGAUCCGUAAAGAAGUCUUUCUUACUCCCUCCGUCCUCCGUGAAUGCCGUCGCAUUGUCACCGAUAGCGAGCUUAUGAAGGAAGAUGAUAAUAACUGGCCAGAACCUGACCGUGUUGGGCGUCAAGAGCUUGAGAUUGUUAUGGGGAAUGAACAUAUUUCCUUCACUACUUCAAAGAUUGGAUCUUUAGUCGAUGUUCAGAGUAGCAAAGAUCCUGAAGGACUUCGUAUCUUUUACUAUCUUGUUCAGGACUUGAAAUGUUUUGUAUUCUCACUCAUAUCUCUUCACUUCAAGAUCAAACCUAUUUGAGAAGGAGAAUGGUGAUCAACAGUUUUCUUCAUCUAAGAUUUGAGGGAGAGAUGUUCAUUUAACUGAACUUACUGAUCAAAUUAUUAGUUUUUGUGUGUUUGAAUUUCUCAAUUGUUGAGAAUUCUGUUUAUGUGCCAAACCGACCUUAUGGUGUGGCUAU